CAGGGCAACCGCAUCUAGCGGCGGCAGCAGCCGGGCCGGAGGAUGAGCGGGGCGGCGGCCGAGGUGGAGGAGCCGGUGGCGCGGCGCUACGAGAUCAAGAGGCGGCUGGGCAAGGGGGCCUACGGGAUCGUGUGGAAGGCGACGGAGCGCCGGACGGGCGCCAGCGUGGCUGUCAAGAAGAUCUUCGACGCCUUCCGCAACCGGACCGACGCCCAGAGGACCUUCCGGGAGAUCCUGUUCCUCCAGGAAUUUGGAGGGCAUCCGAACAUCAUUCAGCUCCUGAACGUCAUCCGGGCUCAGAAUGACAAGGACAUUUAUCUGGUUUUCGAAUCCAUGGAGACAGACUUGCAUGCAGUGAUCAAGAAGGGAAAUUUACUGAAAGACAUUCAUAAGUGCUACAUCCUGUACCAGCUUUUGAAAGCCACCAAAUUUAUCCACUCAGGAAAUGUUAUUCACAGGGACCAGAAGCCUUCCAACAUCUUGCUGGACAGGGACUGCUUUGUGAAGUUGUGUGAUUUUGGACUGGCUCGUUCCCUGGGCCAAAUUGAAAAAGAUGAAGGCAACCCUGCACUUACUGAGUAUGUUGCUACUCGCUGGUACCGAGCCCCUGAGAUCCUGCUUGCAUCAAAAUGUUACACCAAGGGGGUGGACAUGUGGAGCAUCGGCUGCAUCUUGGGGGAGAUGCUCCUGGGGAAGCCUCUGUUCCCAGGAACAUCCACAGUCAACCAGAUAGAGCAGAUCCUGCGUGUCGUUCCUCCCCCCAGCGCAGAAGAUUUGGAGGCCUUUCAUUCUGACUACCAAGCCUCAGUUAUCAACCGUGUGAGCUGCCAGCCCCAGCUGACUCUGGAGGAGCUCUUGCCUGCCUCCACCCCUCCCCAGGCCCUGGACCUUCUGAAACGGCUCUUGGUGUUUAACCCCGAGAAGCGGCUAACGGCAGAGGAGGCACUGGAGCACCCCUACGUGCAAAGGUUCCACUGUGCUGCCAAAGAGCCUGCCCUCGACUACAGUGUGACCCUUCCUCUGGCUGAUGAUGUGCAGCUCUCGGUGGCUGAGUAUCGCAAUCGAGUUUAUGAGUUGAUCUUGGAAUGGAAGGCCAGUAGCCAAGCUCAGAAGCAGACCCUCCAAGGAGACCUUCCGCCUGGUUCCACAGAUGCCAGUUCCCCUUUCAGAGCCCACGGUCUGAUGAAGGGAGGGACACAGCCUCUUCCAUCCCAUGGUUCUCCACCACCUUUUGUGGCAGCUUCCCAGCGAAGAGUACAUGAGGCAAGAAACCCUUGCCCAAAGCCAAAGUUGAGCUCCACAGUCUGCAGUCCUACCGUUAACGCAGCUGCCCAAAAUUUCCUACCUGCUGGCAACGUGGCAAUGGGUCCGCCUCCCUCACGCCUUCAGCAGUACCGGAGAGCAGCGGGCACCUCCGCUCUUUGGGACCAGGUGCCGAAGGGGCCGGGGAUGGCAAGCCAGGCUGCGUCCCCCUUGAAGCCUCUUUCCUUGCUCAGCCAGGCUCAGGAAGCAGCCAUCAACCAGCAUUUGACGAGGAAGGGGGGCGUUCCCAGCAGGGCUGCCGCGGGGCUGAAUCCACAGAACCCCAAAUCCCGUGGCAGGGAAGCUCAUUUCUUUCUGAAGCCAUGCAAGAAAAUGUUCCAGGUUACAGCAAACGUCGGAAUAGCUGGUGACCCCAAGGCCCAUCUGGGCAGCUACUCCCAGUCCUAUGGAACCAUCUGCAAGUCUGCCCUCCAGAAUCUGCCUGUCUCCAGUGCUUCUCGUCCAGCGCUUGCCCCCAGCCCCCAGCAGCUCUGAGCGUGGCCUCUGUUCACCUGCAGCAGAGAGGCAGGCCGGCCUCCUCCUCCUCCUGCCUCCCUCGGGCAGGCAGAGUGUGCCACUCAGUCGCAUCUGCCUUCGAUCUGUGAUGACCCCAAACUCCUGGGAUGCACCAAGAGAGAAGGAAGCGCUAGGUAGGGUGAGCCAUUGCCUGGUUCUAGCCAUGGGACAGGGUUUUUUUUUUAACACACAAGCUAGCCAACCUCUGUGUUGGGCACUCUCACAAUCAAAUAUAGCCUCCCCCUCCCCCAAAAGCUUCUGAGAUAAAAGCCUUUUCUACAUUGAUUAAAAUCGGCAGUGCCUGUUUUUUAUUCAGGGUAGGCUGGGAUUUGAACCCCGGGCACUGGGUUGGUCUUGACCAGGCAGCUACUUCCCAACUGCUGAAGUCCCUGCCCAUCUGGGGGACGCCUGUUCUCAGACUCCAAGGACCUUUUCUGAAAAGCUCUGCUGUGUUUUCCCUGCUUCCCCUCCCAUCUGAUCCUGCAGGAGCCCUCCGGAAGGUCCAUGGGAGGCUGGGAGAGAGAUCCCAGAGCAUGUUGGAAGGGGGGCAUUUAGCCAGGGAUUCCUUUGGGUGUCCCCCUUCUCAACAAUGCCACUGCUGCCCCCUACUGGCACCUGCAUGGGAAUCGACACCAGGCAUGAUGGAGAGAAGUGACCAUCUCAGGCUGUGGUCGUCCAUUUUUUUGGCAGUAGAGCACCUUUCCAGAACGGGACCCAACCUAAUUCAUGGUCAGAAGUUUGGAAAAUGGGCUGCAGUCACAUGGCACCUUCCCCAACCCAUGCCUGAAGGACUGCCGCUUCUUUCCUGGCCCUGCAACCAGCCG